AGCUACUAGUUCAAAGGUCAAACAGCAACAGCGCAGAUGGCGCAUGUUCAGGCAGCAAUGUGCCGUUUCUGUCGGAUAAAAGUGCAAUAGUUUUAACAUAGUUUGAAUUGUUUUAAUUUCAAGCAUUAUAAUAAAGUUAAAAGUGUCAGUGUUUUGAGUUCAGACAGUUGUAAAGUAUAGUUUUGGAGUAAGUUAGUCAGUACAGGAAUGGCAGGUCCAGAGCUGCUGUUAGACUCCAGUAUUCGCCUGUGGGUUGUUUUGCCCAUAGUCUUCAUCACAUUCUUCGUCGGAGUUCUGCGGCAUUAUGUCACUCAACUGAUUCAUAAUGAGAAGAAAGUGGAUUUGCAGCAGGUGUCUGACAGCCAGGUGUUGCUGCGCAGCCGCAUUUUGAGAGAAAAUGGAAAAUAUCUUCCCAAACAGUCAUUUGCCAUGCGAAAACACUAUUUCAAUGACCCUGAGACUGGAUUCUUCAAGACGGUUAAAAGAAAGGUGAUCCCCAAAAACCCCAUGACUGACACCAGCAUGUUGACGGACAUGAUGAAGGGGAAUCUGACCAAUGUGCUGCCAAUGAUUCUGAUAGGAGGAUGGAUCAACUGGGCCUUUUCUGGUUUUGUCACAACUAAAGUUCCGUUUCCUCUGACUCUGAGAUUUAAGCCCAUGUUACAGAGAGGAAUUGAGCUGCUCUCUCUGGACGCCUCCUGGGUCAGUUCAGCUUCAUGGUAUUUUCUCAAUGUGUUUGGGCUCAGAAGCAUGUACACCCUCAUCCUUGGACAAGACAAUGCUGCAGAUCAGUCGAGAAUUAUGCAGGAUCAAAUGACGGGGGCUGCGAUGGCGAUGCCCCCUGAUCCUAAUAAAGCAUUUAAGAGCGAGUGGGAAGCCCUGGAGAUUGUGGAGCACAAAUGGGCCCUGGAGAAUGUUGAAGAGGAACUCAUGUGUCAGGAUCUGAACUUCAGAGGACUCUUUAGCUAAGAACUACAGUAAAAACAACCAUGUUCUGACGUCUGUCUGAUUGCAAACCACCUUUUGAUAUGAAACAGUGCUGUAUAUUUUACAAUCAGCCGUUAUUUCUUAACAUUAUUCAGUUGUUUGUACUGGUUGACUGCAGUGAUCCUAAAAGUGUUGAGUUUGUUUUGAAUGUCUUAACAUGCAAAGAAUCUACAAUAUGUUUGAAAUGAAGCUUUUGUGAAUUGCGAGCGCUGCACAUGAACAUUUCAUUUGAUACAGGCACAGUAAAGUUCUAAAUUAUAUACAUUUUUGCCAAAGGAAUUAAUACAGAAUUUCUCAUGUUUUAUGUCUUAAUAGUUUAUGUGUGAAAUGGUGCCUUGAAAAAAUAAAUAAAUAAAUAAAAUAUAUAAAUAUAUAUAUAUAUAAUUUCAGUUGUUAAAAUGUCAAAAUGUUUUUCUCCUUUGUGGUUGGUGAUCAUCACACAGUUCCUUAUUGAAAAGCCAUUGUUUCAGUCACAGAGAUUUUAUAACAACAAAUUUAAUGUAAAAACAGACUAUUUUGGUCUCUGUGCAAUAGGAAUGUAAUAAUUUAAUAAACAUUAUAUGGAACCCUAA